AUGGCUUCCAAAACCCUCUCCACAGCUCCGAGGCUCGCGAGGGCUUCCAUUCGCCCCCUCCAAUGCCUGCGAAAAGCCCCCGCCUGCGCACAGAGACGCGCCAUCUCCGCCUACGGCUACGAACAAGCCAAAGCCCUCACCUUUCAAGACUACGGCGACCCGCCCGCCGUCCUCUCUUUACACGGGCACUCCAUUUCCCCGCCCCACGGUGACCUCAUGACGCUUCGCUUUCUCGCAUCCCCCAUAAACCCCGCAGACAUCAACCAAAUCCAGGGCGUGUACCCGUCAAAACCGACAUUCACGACCUCCCUAGGCACUGCGAAGCCGAUCGCCGUGGCGGGGAAUGAGGGUGUUGCCGAGGUCAUCGCUCUGGGUAGUAAGCCAAAAGAGGCGGGAUUUAAGAAGGGAGACUGGGUGAUUAUGAAUGGGCCUGGUUUCGGGACGUGGAGGACGCAUGCGAGUGCUCGCGUGGAAGACGUCGUGCGACUCGACGACGCCAUGCGCGAGGGCAUUUCUGCUGUGCAGGCCGGUACCGUUAGCAUAAAUCCGUGCACUGCGUAUCGCAUGCUGCGCGAUUUUGUGCAUCUAAAAGAGGGCGAAUUCUUCAUCCAGAACGGGGCAAAUUCGGGGGUGGGGAGGGCGGCUAUUCAGCUUGGCAAGCAGUGGGGACUGAAGAGUAUAAAUGUCAUCCGGUCUCGAGACGACACCACCGCGGAAGACAGGCUUAAGAAGGAACUAAAGGAUAUCGGCGCCGACGUCGUCAUCACAGACGCCGAGCUUCAAUCUCAGGGUGUAAAAGACAUGGCCAAGGAAUGGACAAACGGCGGUCGCGCACCAAUCCGUCUCGCGCUCAACUGCGUGAACGGCAAGGCCGCUACUGCAAUGGCAAAACUCCUCGCUUCUGAAGCGCACUUUGUUACGUACGGCGCGAUGAGCAAGCAGCCGCUUACGAUACCUGCGAGCAUGCUUAUAUUUAAGGAUAUUCAUUUUCAUGGGUUUUGGGUUAGCAAGUGGGCGCAGCGGCACCCGGAGGACAAGAAGAAGACGGUUGCGGACGUGCUGGAUAUGACGAGGAAGGGCACAUUCAAAGACACUCCUUUCGACAAGAUCGCGUGGGAGUGGGAGACGAAGGGCGAAGAGCUCAUCAGUAAAGUCAAAGAUACGCUUGAGGGAUACCGGGAAGGCAAAGGUGUGUUUGUUUUUGGGCGGACGUAA